CUUAUAGCAGAAUAAUAAGGCUGCAUUGCGUCGUGAUGAUAAAAAUGCUGGUGACUUAUAAGUGCACGCAAACAAUUUGUUAAAUCAAAUUACCGACAUUAUUUACCGUAACCGUCAAGAGCAGCCAGCCAAGCGUUGCCACAUCGCCCAAAGACACGCGACAAAAAACGGCUUAAAUUAUAGAAAAAUUAACGAUAAUUUGUAACGCUGCAAAGCUGCUUGUCGAUUUUGACUGGUGAUCGCCAUGCAAUCGUCUAGUUUUUUUCUUAAUUGAUGAAUUGAACAAACACCUAUGAACUUUGACCCACAAUUUUACGACGCUUGUGCGCAUUACGAAAUGACGAUCUGAUGUCGAUGCUUUGUUUGCUUUGCGUUUCCAACUUUGAUCUACUUUGCAGCCAACAAUCAACCAACAACCAACAGCAGCAGUCGCAACAGAAGACAAUGAUUUUCUUUUUGCUUUUGUGUUGGCUGUUUCCACGCUCAUGUGCGUUGUUCGCCUGCUGGCGCUUGUUGUGGAAAACACUUUCACUGCACAUGUUGAGGCAGUGACACGACUUCGGAAUCGUCAACGUCACCAUCGCCAUCGCCAUCGUCGUUGUCGUGAACUUCUUGUGGGCGCUGUUGCGGCUGUGUCUAUGGAAGCGAGACCGAGCAAGUUUCUCGGUCUCGCAUGCGUUGUCGUCGAAGCUUGGGGCCCAUUUUCGGUUGAGACCUGAGCCAGUCUGGAGUGGUGCUUCUUCCGCGGACAGACUCCGUAUUUCUUCAGCCAGCAUGUUGGGAGCCAAACUCUGUGUGUUUCUACUUUGCGCCCUUCUCCGAGCUGUCUUCAGUCAGAUGUACCAAGCUCCGCAGCGCUGCUCCAAUCGUCUGGAGAAUGCUCUUGAGCACAUGCGUCGACGCAGUGUUCAGACCAAGAAUUCACGUUCUAUGUGGGAGCAGCCACUGCAAACACCGUAUCAGCUGUAUCACAACUUCUAUGGGCAGCAAAGUGAUCCUGAGGAUGACUUCUACAACGUGGGCAGCAGUGCCAACUACGUACGCGGUUACUACGCUAAGAGCAUCCGGCGUAGUGGACGCCAUUAUGCAUUCAGCGGCUCCUCCAGAGGUGGCAGUGGGAGCGGCAACAGUGCUCUAGAGCUAGAGGAUUUGCUGUCAUCUCAGCAGUCGCAUCAACCCUAUCAGAAUCGUCAACCACACAAACUGGCCAUCUCGCGGGUUGAGGUUGAGGAUCUGAAGGUGCGCGUGCCGCCGGCAAAAGCCGCGUCGCGGUGGGUUGAGAUUGAUAAGUGCAAGUUCAGCACUGAGAAUUCCACGCUUGACACACGACUCAUUUUCCCAGACUUGACACUCAGCGGCAAGGUGGUGCUGCAACCUACUGGUGGACGCUGCCACAUGAUAUUGCGCAUGAGACACGCUGGCAUUGAGUUUCGCACUGUUCCACUGGGUUCCGCCUUGGCAUCAGCGUCCUCAGCGUAUGAGCAAUCGCGAAGAUUGGGCGCCGCCUCGGUUCGCACGGAUUCGCACUUUGCCGAGCCUGGGUUUAUAUCCGUUUUUGCACACGGCUGCCAAGGACCGAGUGGGAUUCGAUUGCGUCAGAACUCAAAGCGACGCUUUGGCUACAGCGAAGGUGUUACCCCUGAAGUUGAAUUGGGUGAACCACAUGUUAUAAUGGGUACCUCUAAAAAGAAUAAACAGCCAGCGUACGAUAUACGACUGGAGCACACAACUCAAAGGGAUCACAGUCUGAAUCUGGAAAGUAACGAGGGAUUUCGAGAUUCCAGCGAAUUCUUUGAUCCGAAUGGGGACAAUUUUUACCGACGCCGACAAUUGGAGGGCAAGCGUCGACGACGGCGACGUAGAAAUGUUAUGGCGGACGAUUACUCUUCCGAUGAGAUGCACUUCAAUGGAGAUGUAUUAAAUUUUCAGGAUGACCAACUGCAGCAGCUUGUAGAGCCAGAUGCUCGUGCUUUCGCCGACAUAUUCGGUAAUGGAGGAGGAGGAGGAGGCAAUCAUGAGGAACUUGUAGGCGACGCAAUGUCCAAUGAGCUAGAGAAGCUAUUUUCAAUGGGAGUGCGUGGACUGCUGACCACUUACAUGCAACGGGCCCUUCAGCCAGCGAUCAAGGAGACGCUCAUGGAGAACAUGGGCUAUACGCUUAGCUAUGGCUGAAGUCGACUCUUAAAUAUACGUAGUAUUUUCAGAGCAAAUGUAUUAAAGCUUUAAGUAUUUAACCAUUCGAAC